AUGGUACACUUGGAGCAGAAGGUGGAAGAGCUAAGAUGGAAAGUGAUGUCUGACCCUUCGUCGCAGGCGUUGUACGAGGAGCUGGUACGGUGUGAGGUGGCUCUGAAGCUCUACCAAGACAGCAACAAGGAGCGGUUGCAAGUUCUGACGGGGAUGAUGCAGGAGCUGGCGGGUGAGACUCCAUCGGGCUUCCUGUCCGGUUUGGUCAAGUCCAGAAAAGCGAAAACUGAGAUUGCGGAGCUCACCUUCAAGGGGGUGUUGAGGAAAGGAGCGAGCGAGGUGCUGCAAGCGGCCUCUGAGCAUUUCCGUGAGGCCUACGCGUUGUCGCCGACGUCCUCGCCUGUGGAGCCGUGGCCGAUUGAAGAGGGACGAACGCUGCAGGAAUCUGCUGGGUCCGGCGGUGAUGAAGGAAGUCAGGACCUUGAGUCAACGGGUGUGCUUUCGGAAUCCUUUACGACGGCGGUUACGAUCCUUCUGCACAAGAAAGGCGACAGGGGGGAUUUGGGGAAUUAUCGACCGAUCACAUUACUGAGCUUCUUCUACAAACUGCUAGCGAAGGUGUUGGCGAAUAGAAUCAAGGUGGUCUUACCGAAAGUGAUCUCCGGUAACCAGUUCGGCUUCCUUCCGGGGAGGAGUCUCGCUGAUGCUGUCUCGCUGGUAGCGGAUGCGAUUGACGCUGCGGAGCAGGAAGACGAGGACUGGCUGCUGUUGUUGGUUGAUUUUCAGAAAGCUUAUGACUCGGUAUCGCGGGACUACCUUUUCACGACACUGGGCAACAUGGGCUUUUCGGAGAAGUUCACGAGAUGGGUGAAGGGUCUUCACGAUGGAGCGGCGACCAGAGUGCUGUUGAACGGCUGGAUCGGGGAACGGGUGGAGAUGGACAAAGGUGUUCGGCAGGGUUGCCCGCUCGCCCCAUACCUCUUCCUCUGCGCGGUUGAGCCACUCUGCCAGGAAAUAGAACGGAGGAAACUGGGGGUCAGGAAGAGGGGGGUGAAAGGGAGCUUGGACUACAUUGGUUAUGCAGACGACACGACGCUGGUCCUGAAGGGCAAGGAACAGGUGGUAGUGGCUGAGAAACUGUUGGGGGAGUUCGCGGAGAUCUCAGGGCUGAAGGCGCAGAUUUACGCCCCACCGUACGAUGUAUGGACCAAAGUGAAGAGGCUGUGCCACAAUUUCAUCUCGGGAGGGAAGGCGCUCCUCGACAAACACUUCACACUAUGGAGCUACGAACUGUCCUGCAGAGAACGGAAAGAGGGGGGCCUGGGAGUGAUUGACUUGAGGCACCGGAUUGACAGCAUGGUGAUCCAAGGUCUGGGGAAAGCCCUGGCGGAGCAAGAGCCACUUCGGAACUGGUUGUGGGAGAGGGCGGCAGCUUUUCCCCUCGGCUUGGCCACGGUUUACGCGCAUCCUUCGAUCCUGAAGACCUGGCUGGGGGGUGGCACGAGGUGGAAAGCCACUAUUAAAACGCUGUGGGACUCGAAACUGGUGGUCAUAGGGGACUCAGCUCACAGGUGGGACGCGGAGGGGGAGCAGUUAUUGUUCAAUCGAAAUAUCUUCUUCAGGGGCAGAUCACCUUUCGGUAAUCAGGCGGGCUCGCUCUGUCUGAAGGACGUCCGUCUGGGGGAUCUGGUGGUGAUGGGAGGGGAUGGCAGCAGAUCUCGUAAGAGCGAGGAGGUUUUGGAGAGGGAACUGGGAGGGGUGGAGCAGAGGAAGUGGGCCCUGAAGGCGUGGGAUGCGACACCACAGAGUUGGAAGGAUCUGGUACUCAAGCAACUGUCGGCGGAGGAGGUUUUCAGGGAAUCGAGGCUGGUCCGCUCUUCGUCUUACCGCCCAGGAGAGUUCUUUUACUACCAGCUGCAGUAUGUGAGCAAUGGCGAACUUUACGGUCGGAGAGUGACGGUGGACAAGAAAGGGAACAUAGGCGAGGUGGAAUAUGCUAGCGUGGUAACAGUGGAUUUCCGGCGCGUUUCACCCAUGGCAGUCAUCGAUGGGAGGGCUCGCGGCCUACUCGGCGCUCCGAGAACGCGACUGCUCUGUUCCACAAUCUCUACUCCAAUGAUUCCCCCGACUCCUGUUCUCAGCUACUACUACCUAGUCUCUUCUUUCGUUUACUGUAUCGUUCCUGAACUCGUUUCGCAGGAGCCUGCUGGUCAGAAAUGCGAUUUCAAUCUGGGAAAAGCGCAUUUGUCACUGAUAGGAUUUACCAUAUUGUCCUUUUAA